ACUGCGGUCCAUAUCAAGAGUAAGGAACACAAAACGAACUCCACCUGCUGGUCUCUCUCCCUAAACCACCAAAAUGGGCAAAGAUCGAAACGGCGCCGUUCCGGAGAAAGCAAGCAAAACCCCAGACAAAGACGACGGAAGCGAAAGAAAAUCCGGCAAAUCCAUAGAGCUUUCUGACUCCGAUAAAGACACGAGGCGCAGCAAAUCGAGACGAAAAGCGCGGGAAAUCUCCGAAUCGAGCGAUGAGGAGCACGCGCGGCGGAGGAGGAAGAGGAAGUCGCGGCGGAGGUACAGUAGCAGCGAGGACGACUCGGAUUCGGAGUCUUCGGAAGAGUCCGAGGAGGAGAGCGGGUCGGAUUCGGUGAGCGAGGGCGGGAGUGAUAGCGAGAGCGAGCGGCGGAGGAGGAAGGAGAGGAGGAGGAGGAAGGAGAAAGAGGAGAGGAGAAGGAGAGAGAAGGAGAAGAAGAGGAGGAGGAGAGAGAGAGAAGAGGAGAAGAAGAAGAAGGAGAGGAGGAAGAAGAGGAAGAAGGAGAAGAAGGAGAAAGGUAAGAAAGGAGCGGUUACUGAUUCUUGGGGCAAGUAUGGGAUUAUCAGAGAGACUGAUAUGUGGAACAAGCGACCGGAGUUUACGGCAUGGUUGGCUGAAGUAAAACAGGUGAACCUGGAGCAUCUGCCGAAUUGGGAAGAGAAGCAGAUGUUCAAACAGUUCAUGGAAGAUCACAACACAGCUACAUUUCCUUCCAAAAAGUAUUAUAGCCUUGAUGCUUACUAUAGCCAUAAAAUGGAAAAGGAAAUGAAAAAGGGUAUGAAAAAGGUUGUGGAAAAAGAGCGUACUGUAUUCAAUGAUGAGGAAGUGCGAAGGCAAGAAAUGAUGAGAGUCCGUGAAAGACAAAAGGAAGAAGAAGUAGAAGCUCUGAAGCGCUCUAUGCAGAGUGGACUGGCGCAAGCAAUGAAAGAGCAAGCUCAACUUCGGGAAGAGAUGGCUUACCAGUACAAGAUCGGAAACUUUGAGGCUGCUGCUGCUAUCCAGAGAAGGUUGGACCCUGACGCAGAGUGAUACUGCAUCAUGUUUCUACUAGCAAAAGAGUAUAAAACAGCCUAUGUAUGUGUCUAAUUAUCUUACUUUUUAGCCAACCAUUUUUGCAGAUACAUAGGAAAUUAUGUAAUUCUAUUGUAUUUUAUUUACUGCUUUCUCACACAUUUGUUAUGUUAGUUUAGCUGUUACUCUUACAAGAUGCACUAAUAUUAUUGAGGCUGUAAUGAAAAACUCUUUUUGAGG